AUGACGAACUGUGAUGAGUUCCUUCUUCAAGUUCUUGUAGUCUUUCUUUGCAUUUUUUUCCAUUUUCGAAAUUCACAAGGUCUUUCGAAUACCCCCUAUCACUUCAUAUCUAUUUCAGUCAGUUUUACAUAUCUCUCUCUAAUUCUCUAUCUAUAUAUUUAUCUAUUUGAUUUUGCUCAUAUCUAUCCCGAUCAUUUUAUAUCUAUUUCUGUCUGUUGUUCAUAUCUAUCUAUCUAUCUAUCUAUCUAUCUGAUUCUGUUCGCAUCGAAUUCAAUUUAUUUUUCAUAUCUAUCUAUCUAUCUAUCUAUCUAUCUAUCUAUCUAUCUGAUUCUGCUAUCUAUCGAUCUGAUUCUGGUCAUAUCUAUCCUGAUCAGUUCAUAUCUAUUUCACUCUUUUGUUGAUAUCUAUCUAUCUAUCUAUCUAUCUAUCUAUCUAUCUAUCUAUCUAUCUAUCUAUCUCGGUAUUCGUCCUCAGUUCCCCAACCCGGCCGUUUUAGGUGCCAAAGUCAGUUCCGCUCUGGGCGCAUUUCGCUCAGGUGGAACAGAUUUUCUGCGCCCCAUGUGGCCUCGAUCCACUCGAGCGUGGACAACGUCUGAUCAAAUCCACUUCGCUUUUCGAUAG